AUGCCGACCAUCGGGGUUGGCGGAGGCGACUUGCAGGGUCUCUUCUGGAAUUGCCCUCACAAUGUCAAUACUCAUAAAUGUAUUGCUCCUGGCGCUUUUGUACUCUCGUCGCCAUCCAUCGAGAAUAGCUCUUGUCCCGAGCUUCCCACAGACACUUUACUCAUAUAUACGGGCUAUCCCACUUCCGCGAUUGACAAGCACUGGAAAGAGCUUUACCGAGUGGGCAACUCACGCAUCAGCAAAAAAGAGGCAGCCCUUUUGCCUAACAAGACCAUCGCUGCCAAUCUAGGCGCUGACGAUUAUCUCGUUGUCAUUUCAGUCUUCCACGAUCUGCAUUGCCUGGAUCGACUCCGGAAAACCCUUUGGUAUUUCUACGAUGACGAAUGGAACAGCACAUACAACCCGUUCACCGUCAAACGGCCGGAUACCUUCGAUGCAAAGGGUCUGAAUGGAAUCAUCCAUCUUGACCAUUGCAUUAACAUCAUUCGCCAGUCACUCCAAUGCUUUUCAGAUGUCACACCCUACGUUUUUCAAUGGAGUGAGGAAGCACAGGCGGUACACGCAUAUGCAAAUGUGGUUCACACUUGCCGAAACUUUGAUAAGGUAUGA